GUUUUCUGUUUAAUCAUCAUAGCAUUCGACCUUAAUAGAUCACGGCUGAAUUAAACGUCCGGUUCCACCCCACUGUCCCCCUGCCGCUGACAGUGGGCUCGAUGUGGUUCCUUUUUUCCCUCUCUGUUUAGCCCUCUCUCACUCAUAGCGCACCAAAGAAAUCACAGAUGAGGGGAGACAGACAAGAAGGUGAUGUGUGCUCAGCCAGUCACAAACAUUUCGGCAAUCGGUACGCGAGUGAUCAUACAUGAAUCACUUCAGUUUCACAUUGGAUUAGGUAGAAGUGUUGCACCGACUGACCCCCACCACGACGCCCCACCACCCUCACCAUCUUCCUUCGCCACCACCCUCACCACCACCAUGCCCUUCGCCCAACUCGUAAUCGGACCCCCGGGGUCAGGGAAAUCUACCUACUGCAACGGCAUGCACCAAUUCAUGGGAGCCAUCGGGCGCAAAUGUUCGAUUGUGAACCUCGAUCCGGCGAACGACGCGACGGGCUACCCGUGCGCGCUGGACAUCCGGUCGAUCAUCACGCUCGACGAGGUGAUGGACGAGGAGGGGCUCGGACCCAACGGCGGCGUCAUGUACGCGCUCGAGGAACUCUACGAGAAUAUUGAGUGGCUCGAAGAGGGCGUCAGCCGGCUCGGGAACGAUUAUGUUCUCUUCGACUGUCCGGGACAGGUCGAGCUGUUUACUCACCACCAGAGUUUGAGGAAGAUCUUUGCCAGGCUGCAGAAGAUUGGGUAUCGGUUGGUAGUUGUCCACCUCGUUGACGCGCACUACAUCACGGACCCGGCAAAAUACAUCUCCGUGCUCCUGCUAUCGCUGCGGAGCAUGCUGCAACUAGACCUUCCGCACAUUAACGUGCUCAGCAAAAUAGACCUACUACGUGACUAUGGCGAGCUAGCGUUCAAUCUGGACUUCUACACCGAGGUGCAGGAUCUCAGCUAUCUGCUGCCACUGCUGGAGCAGGACCAACGCACGAAGAAGUUUGCGAAGCUGAACGAGGCGAUUGUCGACCUCGUGGAGAGCUUCUCGCUCGUGAACUUUGAGACUCUGGCGGUAGAAGAUAAGAAGAGCAUGACGCAUCUGCUACAGGCGGUGGAUAGAGCGGGGGGCUACGCGUUUGGGGAGGCAGAGGGCGCAGGCGACAGUGUGUGGGCGCUUGCGAUGCGCGGGGGGUGGACUGAGGGGAUGGAGGCGCGAGAUAUACAAGAGAGGUGGGUCGAUCAUAGAGAUGAGCACGAUGACUUUGAGAGGAAGCAGUUGGAGGCAGAGAGGGAAGCUAUGGAGGAGAAACUGAAGGCCGAGGAGGAGAUGGGCGGGAUGUAUUAGGUGAUAUACAUGACCGGCUGGCCUUCGGAGUUUAGAGACUACGGCGAACACAUACUCUU